AAAAAAUCUCUAAAAAUAUAUUUGAAAUCUAUCUAACGGUAAUGCCAUCAAAAUAGACACACUCCUAAUAUAUGUGCAUACAUUUUAGCUAUGUAGGGCCCUAUUGUAAUAGAAAUUAAAAAAAGCAUUUCUCGUACUCAUUUUCAUCAACAUAUGCACUCACUCUCUUUUCUCUUCUCCAUUUCUUCAUUCAUUCACGAAUGAAUUUUGUUCUGUGUAGCAGCAAUAACACAUCGAAUACGCUCAGCAUGUAUCUUUAUUCACUUAUUUUAUGAUAAAAGUGAUGUAUGUGUGCAUUAUGUGGGUGAAGUAAAAUCACUGUGUUUUUAUUUCACGUGCGCGAGCAGAGGUGCUGUUGUGUGGUUUCCUCAAUGGGACUGAAAGUUGAUCAUAGUCUUGGGAUAUGUAGGACAUCGAGAAUGGAGCCAGAAUAUUAUUUGAGAAAAUGUUGAAAGUUUUAGGUCAUUCUGAUCUAGAUUUAUCUCCUAAAUGUCACUCAAAAUUAAACUAAGGCUAUAUUUCCCAAAACAAACAUGUCAGCCCAUCCCACCAAUCCUCCUUCCUCAAAUUCUCAUCCCUUUGUUUUUCUUUAAUUUCUUACAUUUAAUAUUUGACAACGAGAGAGCAUUUAUUCAUACAAUCAAGAUUCUCAUGCUCACCAAAGUUACCACCACAAACAAAUAAAACUAUCUAAUAAGCAUGAGAUAGAGCACCGCGCGCGUAUUCUCUACUUGUUUUGGAAGGCAACACCAUAACAAAAAAAAAGUUCAUUCGAUUUUUUUAGAUUGUAAUUCGGAAACGUAGCUGUAGAAGCAGUUUUGUUUGAUAGCGGUAAACGCUUGGUCACAUAUUUUGCGGGACGCACAUUUUUUUGACAAAUUACACUGAUAGCAUGAAAUAAGUUUCGAUCGUGCGUGACCUCGGAAGUUCAAGAAGUGGUGAAGACCAGAAACACAUAAAAAAUCAGUUAAUGAAAUAACAAAAUCAGACUUUUGGACUCAUUUAGUGACUGAGUGAUAAUAAUACGUAACAGUGUAAAUAAAAAGAAGCGUGGAUGACAAUUUGAUCGAAUCGACAACGACUUCUCAAGUUGUAGAAGAAAAGCAAAUAAAAAAGAAAAUCAAAGAAACAAAUUUAAACAAAUUGUAGUUAAAUCCUCUUUAUUUGAGUACACACAUAUUAAAAGCGAUAUGAGAUAAAAAGAUGAUAAUCGAAUUUUUAAAGCGGUUAUCACAUCUUCACCGUACUUUAUUGCGAACAACAUACAAUAAUGAAACAACAACAACAACAAUAGUAACGACGAAGUUGUGCAACACUUAGAUUGUGAAUAUUAUUUUUCUUGUGUUCAAAUCAAUUGAAAGAAAUCUUCGCGUCAUGGAAGUUUUGCCGGAAGUGAGAUAUACUGAUACAGGUUAUCUAAUUUUUCGUCAAUGGGAUAAAAGUAAUGGAAUUCUGGCAUAUCCAAGUUGCCUUACGAAAUACUUAAAUUGCCGCAAGUCAUUGAAUAAUAACAAUCAUCAACCACAGCAAAAUGGAAAGAUACAUACUAGUAAUAGCUAUGAGGAUCGAUCUCAACAGCAGCAGCAGCAGACACAUUUGGAGAAAAAUGAAACGCAGCAACAGCAACAGAGUCGAGCAAAAACGCCGACAUCAACUACACCAACGGGAGGUAACACAUGGCAAUUAUGUUAUGUAACUGAGAGAAUACUGGCUGCAAUUCUGCCCGUCAAAGCAGAACCAUCGACAAAAAUCGAUGACUUAUUCUUAUACGAUGAGAACGGAAAUCGUCGUGGUGAUAAAUAUGAGCUGGACUUAAUACAAAUGUUGGAACAAAAGCACGGCAAAAAUUAUCGUUUAUUUGAUUUGGAGUCAUGCUUAUCGACGAUAUCAUUAGAGAAACUUUGUGAACUAUGCAAACAUAUUGAAACUUGGCUGAGUGGUGGACAGAACAAAAUUGUCGUCCUUCAAGAUCGGAAAAGUUUUCAGCGAGUCGGUACAAGCGUGGCAGCUUAUUUGUAUUACCAGAAAAUGUGCAGCUCUAAUUUAGCACCGUACUCAAUUAAGUCACCUGAUCACUCACGAAAUAUUCAAGAUUUAGAUGAAUACUCGAUGCAAAAGUUUCUCGAUGACACUGUUGGUCCAAUCACACAACCGUCCUAUAAAAGAUACCUCGAAUAUUUCUUUGGUUUACUCUCAGGUGAAAUCAAAAUUAAUUCUCAGCCAUUAUAUUUGAAAUUUAUAAAAUUGGAAUCUCCACCGUGUAUGCAUCACAAAAUAUCACAUCAUGAAAAUGAAUGGAGUAGCUUCAUUAAAAUAUUUGAAGGCGAACGAUUUAUUUUCAUAUCAGACAUUUAUGUUAUGCCAAUUUCGACUAAGCAGUUUAUCUAUGAAAUUAAAAGUCCUAUUAUCUUGAGAGGCGAUAUCUUUAUACACUUUUUUCAAAUACACAAUAAGUCACAUCAAACGGAGCUCAUAUCGAGCAUACAAUUUCACACAUGUGCCAUAACAAGGAACGAAAUUGAGUUUAAUAAAAAUGAUAUAUCAUUUCCUCAUAGCGAUGAAAAAUUCCCAAUGGAUCACAAAGUAACACUGAUCUUCACCAAAACACCCGACAAAAUCGGAAAUAACCGUUUUAAUGAAGACGUAUUGAUCUUCCAAAAUCCAUUAAUCCGCAAAGAGCCAAUAUCCAAUUACUCAUCGAUCGCUGAUUUAUCACAAUUAAAUACACAACAUACCCAAGGACCGGUUGAUGGAUCACUUUAUGCAACGAUUGAGAAGAGAAAUGCAAAUAACAAUAAUGAAUUAACGGUGCAAAAUAUUCGAACAAUUGAGACACGCUUAAAUGCGCCAAUAUCAAAGAAUUCACGGAUCUUAUCAACAAUACUUGAAUGGGAUAAUGCAAGAAAUGAGAAUGGAACAAUGGUUGAUGGAAAUUAUUCACAUACAGCAAUUGCAACACGAUCAUCACCAAGACAGGAACAGCAACCGAUACCGCCUCAGAGGAGUUACGUGAAAAGUCCAUUAAUGCAAAGCUACGAUUCUGGAAUUUAUAGUCAUGAAGUAUCAAAUAAAAAUAAUACAUCAUCGGCAUUAUCUUGGCAUGAUAGAGCAACAAGCCCGUCAGCAAAUACUUGUCAUGACGAAUUGGACAACUUGCUCUCUGAAAUGUUAUUAACUGUUGAAGCAUUACCCGAUAUUGCAUACAGCACGGAAAAGAGUAAACAAAAUUCUGAUGUUUACACAGCAACGACAACGACAUCGAAUGCGGCAUCAAUAAGAUCAAAUGCAGUUGACAGAACAUUACCGAAUAACAAUCAGCUUCAUCCGCCAAAUGUAAUCAACAACAUUAACACAACUAACGAGCAACGAUCACAGACGAGAAGUUAUAGUUAUAGUGAUGCUUUUGGUUAUUCUAAAAAUAACGAUAUCGGUGAAACAUCCAGCAUUACGACAACAUUAACACCAACAGAAUCUGGUCGCAAUACACCAGCAUUAUCUGAUCAACAAUACAAAGGCUUUUACACAAACAAUGAUGAACUUUAUUAUGAUACAGACACACAAAUGCAACUACAUGGAAAAUCAACACGUUACCAACACAGUCUUCCGGACGAUACGCGAAAAGAAUAUCAAAAGCGAUCUGAAAAUCUUUUGCAAAAUCAGUCUUUAGGUUACAUGGAAGUAUUACGGUCAGAAAAUAAUAUUUCUGGAAGUCGACGGUAUGAGGAAUCAAAUGUUCCUUACCACGCCCGCGAAUAUUCAAAACCAUUCUCGUACUUGCCAUCUACGGCUGAUGGUAAAAUAAUAAAAAUGCAUCAUGGACUUUCGAGUCCAUCAAUGGUCCGCAAAGCGCUGAAUUUAAAUGGAAGUGUAACAUCUGGUCGCAAGAAUUUAUCUCAAGAUUUUGUUGAACGAACGAGGUACGGUCGACAAUAUGAGAAUAAAUAUACGUUUGGCGACAAGACACCAGAAAAUAAUUUGAGUGCAUUUGAUAACGACAAGCUAUUUGAUUAUCGUAAUAGAAGUGAAAAUGUAAAGUACAAGGACAGUGCGAAUUAUAGUAUUGAGAAUAGUGAUGUGGAAAGUAGUGCACAUUACUUUGAGCCGUUAAAGAGAUCGAAUACGAUGGACGGAAGUUUUGGUCGAAGUGGAUAUGCAUCUGAUGGUGGCUCAAGCCAAACAUGGUUACAAGUGCAACAACAACGUUUACGAGCUAAACGAGCGCAACGUCAACAGGGCUUUGACUUUACUGAUGGAGCAGCACGUCGUAGUCAAACAUUAUCGCCAGUCAGAAAUUACAACACACUGACCACAAGCAAGGAGCCGAAAUAUGUGCAAAUAAAGCGUACAGAACAAACAGUUUCAAAGCCGUACAAGAACGAAUUAGAAAACAAUCCGUUCGACUUUCAAAAUCGUACAGCAUCAAGCACUCGAUCGUUUAACGACAAAUAUUCCGCAUCGACUAACAGCAUUAACAGGAGAAAUAUCAUGCCUUUAACGUCAACUCCAAAUGAAGAAAUGGAUCGAAUUAAUAACAAUAACACGGAAUCGCCAAAAUCACCUAUGGAAACGCUAGAUAAUCUACUAGAAUCGAUUGCGUAUGAGAAUUAUGCAACAAAUAACUUUUUGACUGAGCUCAUUAAUGGCGAGAUAAAUGGAACAUCAAGACUAAUAUCUAAUAAUCAUAUUAACAAUAAUAACAUCAUCAUUAACCAAACGACUGAUUCCGUAAAUCGCUAUCUUGAUAAUGUCAUUAACUUUAAUCAUGAACAAUCAUCAUAUCAAUAUAACCAUAACAAUGUAAGAAAGUCUGACUCUGAGGGAUCAUCAUCUGAUCAGAAUAAUGGCAAAAUGCCACAUCAGACACGCAAUGAAUCGGUUUCAUCUUAUCGUUCGGAAACGGAAACUGAAUUUUCACGUCCUGAAACGCCAGCAUUUCCGGUCACACCGAGAACCCCAGUGCCUUUUGGUAGUACUUCAACUUUACCACCAAAAAGUCCAACAUUGCAGCGUUCGGGUUGGGCACUUGAUACUGUAAAAUCGACUGUCGCGCAUCUUGAAAGAAGACGGGACUUGUCGAACAGAAUUCAUGAAGUUGCCAAUGUUAAUGAAACUGUUUCAACCUACGCAUCAAGAAGAAACUCAGCAAAUUCAGCCAUAUCAAAUGCCAAUAGUGAGCUAUUUGAAAUUGCUCCGCAUCAUGUGAAAUUUGCACGUGAUUCAUCAAAAUAUUGGUAUAAGCCAUCAUUGUCACGCGAGGAAGCAAUAAGCUUGUUGAGGAAUGCAGCGCCGGGAACGUUCCUUGUUCGUGAUUCAACAACUUUUGCCAACGCCUUUGGAUUAGUUGUUCGAGUUGCACAGCCACCUCCUGGCUCAAAAGGCGGAAGCGAUGAAUUAGUACGUCAUUUCUUAGUCGAGCCAACUGUUCGUGGUGUUCGCUUGAAGGGUUGUUCAAAUGAACCAGUUUUCAGUUCAUUAUCAGCUUUAAUCUAUCAACACUCAGUCACACCAUUGGCACUUCCAUGUCGUCUCAUGUUGCCAGAACGUGAUAUUCAACAAAGAGAAUAUCAGACAUCAGCACAGCAGCAAUUAGCAGUACAAGGUGCUGCUUGUAAUGUUCUUUAUCUAUUUAGUGCCGAUACAGAGUCAUUAACUGGACCACAAGCUGUUCGUAAAGCUGUUAGACUACUUUUUGAGCGUAGACCAUUACCAACACCCACUGAAGUUCAUUUCAAAGUAUCAAAUCAAGGAGUUACAUUGACAGAUAAUUCUCGUCAGCUUUUCUUCCGUAAGCAUUAUCCCGCUACAACAAUCACAUACAUCGGAAUCGAUCCAGAUGAUCAUCGUUGGAGUGUCCAUGUUACAAAUUCCGAUGUGCCAGUUAAGAAUCAACACAUUUUUGCAUUUGUUGCAAAGAAAACGCCAACAUCAAGUGAUAAUCAGUGUCAUAUAUUCUGUGAACUUGAAAAUCGUCAACCGGCCACUGCAAUCACAUCAUUUGCCAAUAAAGUAUUAUUGGAUGAAUCAACACGUCAACAACAUGCUCCAGCACAGAUUUAAUUAUUUUUUAAUUCGUAAUUUUUCUAGUACGUAAUGAUGAAAUUGAUGAACUUAUUAUCAUGAAAUGAUAAUAUUGGUAGGAAAUAACAGUCACAUCAGCAAGUUAAUUGUUGUCGUAUCAAUUAAAUUUUAAAAAGGAUGAAGUAAAGUUGAUAUUAAUAGCAGUCUCCGCAUGAAUACUUACUAAUUUUAUUAAUAAAGCCGUGCAUGUACCUUUUUUUCAUGUACGAAAUUAGUUGCGAUGAAAAUGAAGUUUAUGAAGCAAUAUGACUAAUCUAUGUACUAACUUAAAAAAUUGUAACAAUCUAUCUUUAAUAGAAGACAUUAAUUGUGACUAAAAAUAUGACGAAAAAGGAAAAUUUAUGCCUUAUAUAUUCACACGUAUUCAAUUAAUCAAGUGUCUUCUGAUUUCUCAGACUAAACAAAUAAAAUAAAAAAAAAUUAUUAUUGCAAAGAUAAAAAGAAUUGAAAUUGUAUUGACAUUAUAAAUGGAAGUAAAUAAAGAUGAAUUGGAACUAACUGAAAGUAAAAUUAUUGCGUUCUAUUUUUUUUUUGCAAGCAAUUUUUGAAUCAACAGGUUUCUUGGACGAAAGGGAAAGUUAAAUGAAGAAAAACAUUAGAUUACUGACCUCAAUUUUAGGAUUUGUUUUGUAAUACUGCAUGCUGUCGAAUUUGAGGCAUUUUGAGAAUAUCAAGAACUGCAGACGAAAAUUCUAGCCAGUCAAAACUUAUUGAAAAUGUCAAAUGCUUGAUACUUUUUAUUGACUAAAAGUUCCAUUCCAAACUACAACGAAGAGGAUGAAUAUGCAGUUUUAUAGUCACUGCCAUACUUGCAAGCAAACUCGAUUUGAUGAAGCUUUUUAUUGCACCACAGUUUUGUUCUUUUCAAAAUAUAAACUUAUUUAUUUGUUAUUUUUUUCUUUCUUCGUCUCCUAAAAAUUGAUUAUCUUUCAGAAAUAGAAUUGAAUGAUUUUACAUUAAUUUUCAUAUGGCGAUGUUGUUUUUAAAUAAAACUUUAUCUUCUUGAUGACGAUUUAUGAUGAUGUCUAUCUCCAUUUCUUGAUGACGAGUGCUUACUACUGCUGUAUUUCUCCUUAUCGUAGCUUUUGUAAUAAUUAUAAUCUUUGUCUCGAUCGCUGUAAUGAUUUCGUCUACCAUUAGAAUAUCUUUCUCGGGACUUCUCACGAUAAUCACGUUUUGGCGAUUUUUUACUGUACUUCUUGUCUCUGCAAUGAAAAAUAACAAUACAUUUGAGAUUAAUAAUUGUUUUGUAUAGGAUGAUAAACAUAUGUAGCAUAAGAAAUAAGGAAUAAAUAGAAUCCCAAAAUGAGUGCCAUAAAUCUCUAGCUAAUUCACAAAUAUGACUAAAAUAAAUUGCUUCACUUCCUACCUUUUCUUACUCUUCAUGUCAUAAUCUGAGUCAGCUGAUAUUGACCGUGAACGAGUUCUCUUUCUCGAGCGAUCUUUCUUUUUACUGCUGCUGUAUUUGCCCGAUGACCUCGAUCUACUGCGCGAAUUAUUUCGUGAACGUGAACGUGAUUUGCAUUUUUCGCUAUUAUUAUUUGUACUACUAAUUGUUUUACCGUCCGAUUUUAGCUUCGAAUCAGAUUUUUCGUCGUUAUUUGAAUUUGAUGUAUUGGAUGGUAUUUGUCUGGAUAUAAAACCACUCCACGCAUGCUGUGAUCCAUUUGAACGAUCGAUGACUGCUGCUACGGGAGGCGUACUGUUUUGAUGGUCUUUCUUUCGUUGGUCCUGAUAAUUUUUCUUUAGUUCUUCGACAGCUGCCUCAAGUUUAUCAAAAUUUGGUUUUGGUCGAUGAUAAAGUUCCAUAAUUCGAUAGCAAGCAUCUAAAAGAUCCUCUUCGUGAACUUUAAACAUUACAUACCAAGGUGGCGUAGUGGACAUAUUAAUGUUGAGCUUUCGAGCUGAUAAAGCAAUGCAAGCACAAGCUAUUGUCUCUGGUUGAUAUCGAACAAAAACAUCAGUUCUGAAUGAAUCAUUCAUAAAAUUCCAAGCCAUUUGCAGCACCUCUCGAUUUUCAUCCUCAUCAAAUCCAAGAUAUUUUAAAUAGACGACAAUUAAUUUGUGAGGAUGCUUUACAUGUACACAAAAUCCGAGCUCUUUGAGGACUCUUCUUUCAGCCUUUAUCACUUGAUUCUUUAAAUUCACAUAAUUUGUAUCGAGAAUCAUGGACGUAAUUGGCCUAAAAUUAGACAAGAGAAAAGAAAAAAUUAUGAAGAAUAAUUGUAUUAGAAUUAACCGUCGUCAGUUGAUCUGUAUUUAUCCCAGAACUUUUAUAUUUUGCGGUACCAAGGUGAGAUAUGCUGUUUCUACAUCUUGGACAUUUGUACAAGUGAAUUGAAAAAUUCAUUUUUAAUAUUAUUUUGUAUAUAUCAUGGGAAGAAAGAAAAACAGUAAAUUAAAGUAGAAAAUAUAAAAAGUUGACACUGAAAAAACACAUUAUAAGUAGUAGUUUUAUAAUGAAAUUUGCACUAAAUAUAAAUGAUAUGAUAAUAAAGUGAGCUUGAUUCUUGUGGUGGGAAUGCGCGCUUCAUCACAACUUAUCCUUGCCAUUCAAGUCGAGAAGCGAGGAUAUAUUGAUAGACAGACUUUUAUACAUAUUUGUCGCAUAGAAAAAUAGCAUUAAAUUUUCAUAAAUAUUUUUACUUAUGCGCCACCCACAACACAGACACACUUUCCAUCUUACCUACAAAACUGAAUUAAUGAAUCGAAUUAAUAAAAAUUGCUCAAACAUUAAAAACUUAUUCUGUUCCUACUUACUUUUGUGCACGAAUCUGUUUGAUGUGAUUGAAAACAUUGAGUACAUCGCGAAUUCUUCUUGGUGCUUCCUCAAUUUUUGAUGCUAAGCAUAUACAUCCCAUAGCAAUUGCCUCCAUAUCAUGCCUUACAAACGACUUUGAGUAGAAGAAUCGCUGGAAUAGAACUUGUCCCGAAGCCAUAGCG